AUGACGACAAUGGACCUCCGUGUCGGCAACAAAUACAGAAUCGGCCGCAAGAUUGGUAGCGGCAGUUUCGGUGACAUCUAUCUCGGUACCAACAUCAUCUCUGGUGAGGAGAUUGCCAUCAAGCUCGAGAGCGUCAAGGCCAAGCACCCCCAGCUCGAAUAUGAGGCUCGCGUCUACAAGUCGCUCGCCGGCGGUGUUGGCAUUCCUUUUGUCCGCUGGUUCGGAACCGAGUGCGACUACAACGCCAUGGUCCUGGACCUGCUCGGCCCUUCCCUUGAGGACCUCUUCAACUUCUGCAACCGCAAGUUCUCCCUGAAGACUGUCCUGCUCCUUGCCGACCAGCUCAUCUCCCGCAUCGAGUACAUCCACGCCAAGUCCUUCAUCCACCGCGAUAUCAAGCCCGACAACUUCCUCAUGGGCAUUGGCAAGCGCGGCAACCAGGUCAAUGUCAUCGACUUUGGUCUGGCCAAGAAGUACCGCGAUCCCAAGACUCACUUCCACAUUCCUUACAGAGAGAACAAGAACUUGACUGGUACCGCCCGUUACGCCAGUAUCAACACUCACUUGGGUGUCGAACAAUCCCGCCGUGACGACAUGGAGUCCCUCGGCUAUGUCAUGCUUUACUUCUGCCGUGGAUCCCUUCCCUGGCAGGGUCUUAAGGCGGCCACCAAGAAGCAGAAAUACGACCGCAUCAUGGAGAAGAAGAUGACCACCCCCACCGAGGUCCUCUGCCGUGGCUUCCCCAACGAGUUCGCCAUCUACCUCAACUACACCCGCUCCCUCCGCUUCGAUGACAAGCCCGACUACUCCUACCUCCGCAAGAUCUUCCGCGAUCUCUUCGUCCGUGAAGGCUUCCAGUACGACUACGUAUUCGACUGGACCGUCUACAAGUACCAGAAGAACGCCCAGGCCAUCGCCCAGGCUGCCAACCAGGGCCAGGGCGAGGAAGACGACAAGGGCCGCGGACGUCACGUCACCACCACUGCUGCUGCCAACGCUGGCACAGCAGCUGGCACCAAGCGCGGUCCGGUCAACGCACGCCAGGAGGGCACCGGAAUGUGA